GGACCACCACUCUCAUCGUCAGCAUCGACGGGCGGCCCAUCUCCAGGCCCAAACCCAAAUGAUUAUCCUCCUAACCGAACCAUUGAACCAACCAAUCGUCCAGCACUUCCCAAUAAGUAGUACAUGCCCGCAAAAAACAAAAUCAUUCACUCUCACUGCUCAACUAGCUCCGGCGAGGGAAACUGCAGCCGGAAUCACAAACAACAAUGACGACUCUUACUCUUCCGUCGAUAACCCUCCUACUCUUCCUACUUCCCCACUUGUUAUCCGUCUCAGCAACUGCUCCGGCGUCACAGUCCCCCUCUGUCAUCAUCGUCGGAGCCGGAAUGUCAGGAAUUUCGGCAGCGAAGACUCUUCACGAUGCCGGGAUGAAGGACAUUCUAAUCCUGGAAGCGACGUCGAAGGUCGGCGGGCGUAUGAGGAAGGCGGAGAUCGGCGGCAACACGGUGGAGCUCGGUGCCAACUGGUACCAAGGCGGCGGCCCUGUUCCCAAUCCGGUCCUGGAAAUCGCCAGCAAGUUGAAUCUCAGAUAUACCGUCACUGACACGGGCAACAUCACCGCCAAUACCUACAAGCAACGAGGGGGAUUGUACCCAAAGGAAAUAGUUGAAGAAGCUCACAAUGCAUCGGUUGGGAGGACUAAUUUCUGCAGCGACUUCAGUGAGACCCUGAAUUCGGACGCGGUUGAUGAGGAUGAUAUCUCCAUUUUGGCGGCUCACCGCUUGUUGGGAAAGCUUCCGGCGACUCCAUUGGAAAGGGCGGUAGAUUACUUGAACGAUGAACUAGCAGAUGGAGAGCCACCGCAAGUGACGAGCUUGAAGAACGUUUAUCCCAGAAGGGAAGGUAUUGACCACGGCCCUGUGGCUCACUUUGUGGCGGAUCCCAGAGGCUACGAGGUUGUGCCUCAGUACCUUGGGAAGCAAUUCCUUUCCUCGCUCACUAACGAUCCCCGCCUUCAGUUUAACAAGGUGGUGAGAGAAAUCAGCUACACAGAUAGUGGGGUGGAAGUCAAGACUGAAGAUGGGUCGAGUUAUCAAGCAAAGUUCGUCAUUGUUUCUGCAAGCAUCGGAGUGCUACAGAGUGACCUCAUUGAAUUCAAGCCAAAGCUGCCUAUGUGGAAGAGACUUGCGAUAGCCGACUUCAGCAUGGCAGUCUACUCAAAGAUAUUCCUGAAAUUUCCUUACAAAUUCUGGCCAACUGGGCCGGGAACGGAGUUCUCCCUCUACACCCAUACCCAGCGUGGUUACUAUCCAGUUUGGCAGCAUCUAGAGAACGAGUAUCCAGGAUCAAACAUGCUGAUGGUGACGGUAACAUACAACGAGGCUAAGCGGAUGGAGCAACUAUCAGAUGAAGAGAUUCAGGCCGAGGCAAUGGACGUGCUGAGAGACAUGUUUGGCGAACACAUCCCGGAGCCUGAGAGCAUGCUGACGCACAGGUGGUGGUCGGACAGGUUCUUCAAGGGAAGCCAUUCGAACUGGCCCCAUGGCUAUAGCCAAGAACGCCAUAACAAACUCGGGGCUUCAGUUGGUCCCAUUUACUUCACCGGCGAGCACAUCCACAAGAACUACUUUGGGUGGGUUACAGGGGCUUAUCUUGCAGGAAUUGACACUGCCAAGGAUUUGGUGAAGCAACUCGGCAAGGCUAAUCGCGGUGUAUCAGAUGCUUAGUGCGCGAUCAAUGCGUUUGAGCGAGAGACUGGUUGGGAAUGAAUGCAUGGCAAUGGUUGACUUGUGUCGCUCUGGAUAAUAAUGUUACAUCACAUCAUUGGCUGACUGGGCGAUUGGAAGCUGAGCAUUUUUCAGUAAGGUUUGCGAUUGCUUGCUAUUGAGAGAUUAGCCGUGCUUGUUGUUGUAAGUGUACGUGAACUUCCUGAGAAACCCUUUUCGAAUAAGUGGAUGUAAUAUCUAAGCCCUAUCUGUAUGUGGAUUAGUGAUAUGGCUGGUGAACUUUUGCUGUGCAGGCUAGUAAGUUACCGUGUUUCUGAGAAACGUGUUUCGUUAAUUACCGUGUUUGCUUCUCAAACAGGCUUGUAAAUUUGGACGAUAGUCUGGAUUGAUGGCGGUGGGGAAAGGCUCUGACACAAGUUGAGUAUUCUAGUUUUAUCUGAAGUUUGAUGUAUGCAAUGGGUUAUAUUUAAGGCUGUCAAAUUGAUUUAUAACAUGUUUGGCUGACAAAAUGUGGGAUGCGUUAUUUGGAUGUAAGUGUUUUGCCAAAUAACAGGUUUGAGACCAAAUAACACAAAAAGUGUUGUUUGCCAAAUACUUGAGAGGGGGCAGGUAUUUGCCAAAUAACAAGUUUGAGAUCAAAUAUCACAUACCAAAUAACAGGUUUUAUAUUAUGUUGUAUUUGUGUGGUAAUUGACCCCAAACAACAAGUUUGUCAAAUACUCAAUCCAAACGACCCCUUAAGUUAUCGAAGAGGUCGAAAUAAUGAGGUUUUGUGGAGCUGGUGGAGAGAAGGGUUAUUGUAGUAGUUGGAACUUGGAAGUGGGAGCCACCAUUCAAUAAAAGCAUAGGGUUGAGUUACCGUGAAAGUAUUGCCGGUAGUGGGUUUGAUUUUGCCAGAAGAUGCCCAACAUUAAUGGCCGCCAAUGUAGGUAGCUAAUGGUUUUCUUUUUUCUUUCACAUUUUGUUUUACUUAUUGUAAUAAUCAGCUGGAAAUUAUUAAAAAUUAUUUUAUUAUUUUUUAAUUGCCAUGUCACUCAUUUAACGGUCAACUAUAGGAGUUGAUCGCCACAUCAGCAAAACUUAACGAAGACUAACGGCAGUGACCAAACUUGAACUGUUAACCUAAUUUAAGUGACUACGGAUAGAAUAAAUUAAUUCUAGUGGCUAACGUAAAAUUUACUAGUAAUUCAAGUGACCAAACUUGCAAUUUAGCCAGUCCAAUAAGAGGUUUGAGAUUUAUUGGUCUAAUCGAGGUCUGAUCGGUUUAAGGCGUUUAUACUUUUUCUAAACAUAAAUAUACAAAUAAGGUAGUAAUUUAACAAUUUAAUAACUGAAAUGAAAUUUAUCUUACAUGUCUCUAUUAAAAACUUAUUUGUCACAAUAUAAAACCUAUCUAACCCCAUGACCCACCCACCCACCAUCUCCCUUCCUUCUUUCCCCCUCCUCCAUUCCCUCUCUUUUCUUCUCCCACUUUAAGGGUCACACCGGGGGCUUUAUGGAGACCAUUUUGAAGCCAGACCUUGAUCGGACAAGGUCCAAUCGGGGCCCGAUAGGGGUUUAACAACCUUUCCAGACCUGUUAUUACAUUAUUGUAUGCAAACUUUCUAGAUUCACUCGGAAUCAUAAUGUUGAUCAUUGUAGAGCUAUAGGAAGAGGUUUUGGUUAUUUAGAAAGAACCAAAGCUUUAGGACUCAUCUAUAGCAACUUCCCCGUUGUGUUAAAAGCAUUUUCUGAUACUAGUGGAUAACAAGUACUAGUGAUAAUAAAUGUGUAUUACUCAUUCCAGCAUGGAAGCUGAAUUCCUAGCCGUUGUGACGGCUAGAAAAAGACAAUAGAGCUAAGAAACAUGUUGCUAGAUAUAGAGUUGUGGCCACAAUCGAUACCAGCCAUUUCUGUCUUUUGUGAUAGCGAUACCACUUUGUCUAGAGAUUAUAAUAAGAUUUACAAUGGUAA